AUGAACGGCCAGCCAAUACCCGGCUACUUUUGGGACGUGGAGAAGAAGAAAUAUUUCAGGAUCCAAAACCAAACCGCAGCUCAAGGAUCAAAUCUCAAAUAUUCCUCAGCAAACAUCAAGAAGACAGAGCGAAAAGAGCGUAUCCAAAAUGUUGCACUUGCGCGGUCUAAUAAACUCAAGAAGGAGCGGGUCAUCAGGCGCAACCCGAACAGCUUUACCCUGACAAAUAUCGAUAGGGAAUUAGGCCUUAGCAGACGGUCACGCUAUGUCCACGGUCUUUGGCCUGACGCGUGCGCAGCCGGUAUCCAAAAACGUCCUGAAGUGGUGCUACCUCCAUCUGGAACCCGACUCUUUGCCAAAGACCCAGUACAUCAUACGAUAUACUCAGUCCAAGGUGAGAACAGUGUGCACAGGCAGCCUGCAGAUCGCGGGAGCUCCUCAUCUGCGCUAGAGAGUAUUUAUCAGUGGUAUCCACGUGAAGAGGUGACGCGAACGACGUCUACGGUCUCCUCGCUGUCCUUUCUGCCAGCGACCGGCGCGCUUGCAGUAACGACGUAUGGAUCAGAUCGACCGCCAGAGGUAUGGCUCAGCGACCCAGGGCGCGACGAUCCAUAUGUAGGGCAGAAGUUUACACCAAAGGACUGUUCAGUCAUUUGGGGUGCUGCUGCCAGACCAAAUACGUUCACGGCAUCACCGGGUCUCGCAAAUAGUGUUGCAGCAACCUGGACCGAGCACCUCGCAGUUGCGGCCUCGAGUUCGAUGCUACUAUUCACUCGAUCACAGGGAGGUGCGUGGGACUCUCAAGCCGUAGUAAAGUCACUUGAGACAGAUGUCCUGGCCUUGGAGUGGAUAUCGUACACUACCGUCGCACUUGGUUGUCGAGAUGGAACCAUUCGGCUAUACGACACAAGAUCAGGGGGCUCAAGUCAAGUCUUGACACAUCCCGCGCCCAUCUCAAAGCUCAAGCGUGCCGACGAUGAGACUAGGUUGAUAUGCUCGGGGCUUAACGACACGCUUUUCUUAUACGAUAUCCGCUCACCUCGCUUAUCUCGGAACUCUUCGCGGAAGACGUUUAACUACGACGACCACCACUACAACGAGGAAUACUUCAAGAACUUGUAUCCCACUCAUCGCGAUAGUCACAAACGCCGCAAGCUCAACCACAAAGCUUUCAAGAAUUGGUCGCAGCCAGUCAUGACUUUUGCCCACGCGAACAGAGACGAGCUAGAACUGGACAUCGAUGUACACCCAAGACUCGGACUUGUAGCAGCAGCCCAAGAUACAACGGGGGGUACAGUAAUUCGGAUUAGCAACAUCUGGACGGGUAAAUCUGUCAAGGAGAUAGAGGGGAUGGACCCGCGGCAGGCGAAAAUUCGUGCACUCACAUUCAUUGAUAGCGGUACUGACGGCAAUGUUGAUCUUUGUCUCACAACCCGGCCUUCCACACCAAUCACCGGUCUUCUUCCACCGACACCCCAGGGCCACAUUUGGCAAGGAAGCACCUACCAAGCCACUCAAGCCGCGAACAGAAACAUGGCAAGCAUUGAUAUCGAAAAGGGCACCACUACCCCCUCCAGUGUACCCUUACAAAGUAACCGCAAAAACAACCACCGCGCCGCCAACCUCAGCAUGUCAAUACCACUUCUCAUUGCCUACAUCGGUCUCUACACCACAAACUACUACCUGAGUCCCAACGGUCCCGCAUCCGAGUACCGCAACGGCGACUCAGGACGUAUCAACCCUCUCGCCAUUGUACUCAUGCUGCUCGGUGGUGAACUCGUUCAAAAAGCCUUCGCUAUCACCACCACGACUUGCAAGAACGAGUCUCCCUGUUUUGGUUUCGGCUGGCUGGCUUAUAGCUUGUCACUUUUGGUGUCAGUCGCGUGCGGUAGUGGUGAUUUGUCGCCGAAACCGGAGUGCGAUGUCAAGGUUUUGGACAUGAAGACAGGAAAGAGUCGGUCGAACAGGCAGUUCGCUGUUUCGAGAUUGCUCCGAGACCUGGAGUCCCGCUCUGUUCCCUCCAAUAUCGAUGGCAAGUUCUACCAAGAUAGCGAGGUCGUCCUCGAAAUCCUCCAACCCACUGGCACAUCUUCCGCCUUCACUCCCUUCAAAAACCUAUUUCAGAGCGGCAGCUUGAUCACUGCACUCCUCCAAUUCUGUGUUGCCGGAUCAUUCUGGUAUUACUAUGACGACCUCUCGCCCCUCCUCCUCCUCAGCAUAUCGAUCUUGCUUAUCGAAGCUACUGCAGGCCUGCCCGUCUGGAAUGCUCAGAUCACUUCUUCGAUGGCCGGCGGUACGCGAACUGGGGCAUACGCACUCAUGCGUGAUACCGACUCCCCGCCUAACCACAUAUACAUCGUUCAGCCCUCUCCAACCGCAUCUACCAGCACUAUCCAUACGCCUACAUCUCACACCACAAAUGUCAGCGCUUCGAGACUCUGUAUCCCACUCACCAUCCUUAUAACCGGCGCCUUCUUCAGCCAAGCACUCCUCUACACUCAGCUUUCGGAUAACGCAGCGAUCGCUAUGCUGCUCAUCAUGUUCUGUGGUACAACCAGUAACCUUGCUAUCGUCGUUAUGCCGCGCGUGCCACAGGUCGAUGGUGUGAAACUAAGAUCUGUUGGUGUGAUGAAGGGGGAGGGGAGUGUGGUCAAUGUUCUGAGGGAGGUUGAGGCGAGGUUCGAGGGAUAUGGGGAUGUGUUGAUUAGGCAAUGUUUUCCUAAGAUGAUCGGGAAAUGGGAGGGUGGAAUGGAGAAGGGAGGGAUGGGCGAGAUGGAUUGA